AUACAUCUAUUUUCUGUUCAGUAGGAAACCCAGGGGUUGAACCCAGUGGUCAUCCCGCUCCCCUUCUCCCUCAGCUUCUGUCUAUCCUAGUCUACGGACAUCCAAACACAGCACACAGCUGGAGGGAUGCUGACCUUUGUGAGGGGAGCAGUGCAGCCAGUGAUGGUCAGCAGGACGAGGGAUAUUAUCCACAAACGCAACUCCAGCAUCUACAGCAAACCACCCAAAAACAAGAUCGGACCUGGGCAAAGUUUCUUGAUCAUGUCUGUGUUUGCCGUCGCCCUCCUGGCCCCCGCCGGCUGGAUUCUACACCACAUCCCAGAAUAUCGAGAGAGAGCAAAAACUCCACCAUCCUGAGAACCAUCCACUUCUGUCAUGAUCAGCAGAGGCCUGGCUAACCUCUAAAGCAUUAUUCACCUCCAGAGAAACAAUUCAAUCAUCUGCAUCAUGAGCAACUUCGGACGUAAUAAUAUAAUAUAAAAAAUCUGUUAUUGUAAUGAUAGCAAUAAUAAAAUACAUAACAGUCAUAUUUACAAUAAAAAUGGAAUGAAAUGAAAUAAUAAAAUUGUCCAGUUGUUUAUGAGGUCCCAUGUGAAUAUAAUGAGAAAAACAGUAUAAUCCUGUGGUGUUUAGUGCCUUAGGACUGUGACCCUUAAUGUAAGCAGUGGCCCUUAUUAUAUACGCUUUCCACUGCAAUAAAGUGUCUUUUUAUACCGUCUGUUUUGGUUGAUAAGUUUCACUGGGAUAAUUGUCCUUGCCUUGAGGGCACCACUUAAAAGUAUACACAGAAGUUAGAUUGCUUUUCUUGAGGAAAAAAUCACUUUGAUUAUGUCCUAUGAGUUUGUGGUGCAGAUACUGAAUAUCAUAGAUGAAGCUUAUUAUAAGGCCAGUGGGUAAAUUUGAUCAUGAGUGGGGUUAGAUUUACUAAUGCUUUCUUCCAAACCCUCUUUUGGUGUUAAAAAACUACUGUCAGAAUCUAGUAAAAGACACAAGCUGAAAAAUGUGAUGAAAGGCAUGAACAUAGUUUCCAUUUUACAUGCAAAAUGUACGGAGGAGAUUAUUUCAGUGAAUAAUUUGAUGUAAUUUAUAGUUUGUGGCAGUCAGUUUAGAUCAUGAGUGAACUUGGUUUGUAAAUGGGAAUACGUCAUGCUGUAC